AUGUAUUAUUCUCCAUUAGUUGAAGUAGAUUCUACUUCUCAUCAUUCAACUACGACUAUUGAUUCAACUGGUAGUACAUCUCAUAUUCGAUCUGAUCGUAAUGAUCAUUUAUGUCGUAUAUGCAAGAAUCAACUAAUUAAAAAACAACCAACUCAUCAUACACCAAUUGAAUGUCUUAGUCAACGAUGCGAAUUUUUAGAAUUGGAAAUUGUUCAACUUAAAGAUCGUGAUACGAAAUCACGUUCACAAAUAAAACAACUUGAAGAUAAAAUAAUAAGAUUAGAAGAUGCAAUUAAAGGAUUGACAGCACCAAGAGAACAACUCGCAACUCCGUUUGCUUUUGGUGGUAAAGGGCAUAAACAUCGUCAUCAAUUGAAGAAAUCAAAGUCUGGAGACAUGCCUUUAAGUAAAUCCAAUAUUAACUAUGAUAAUAUUUUACAAUCAAAAAGGCCAAAUAGUCGAGAACGUAUCGGACUUUUUGGAAGUCUUGGUGCAUCAUCUCAACAGCAUUAA